CUUGGAGCUUCGCUGGAUUCGGCAGCGCACCGAUAGUGCAGUGCGGUGGGCGGACAGACGGCUGCUACUGUCUCAGAGCUUUUCUCGAACGCGGACUUUUCCUGAGGUGCUUUGUGCCACAGAAAAGCGCGGUGGGCGCUCGCCUCUCCGCCUUUGCAGUUCUCCCUGCGUAAUCUUCCUCUUAAUGUAUCAAUUGAGCGUGGUCCUUUUUUAUGGUCCUGUUUUCCCCGAGGCUAGCCCAAGAAGUCUGACUCAGAUAACGCUUUUUUCCAUGUCCGGAAGGGUGUGCCUUACUUUUAGCGUAUCUGUGCUAUCCUUUGGUACGUGUUACUGUGCUUUUAUCGGUGUUGCCGCUCCGGACUUGCAAAACAGUAAAUGGCACGUACUCCCCCGGAGACCUUAUGCGGUAAAUGCACAGGAACUUCAUGCUCAUUUGAACGGCUGUAUCAGUUCUGCCACUAUGAAGAAGCUUAUGGCCCAGAAGCCAUACCUGCAGAUCCAGAAUGGAAUGACAGUGAUUGAUAAAGGAAAGAAAAGAACCUUAGAUGAAUGUUUUCAGAUGUUUCAGCUUAUCUAUCAGAUUACCACAAGGACUGAAGAUAUUUUACUGAUAACUAAAGAUGUUAUUAAAGAAUUUGCUGAUGAUGGUGUCAAGUACCUGGAAUUGAGGAGCACCCCUAGAGAAGAAAAGUCCACAGGUAUGACCAAAAGGAUGUAUGUUGAAACCAUACUUGAGGGUAUAAAGCAGUGUAAAGAAGAAGGCUUGGAUAUAGAUGUAAGAUUGUUAAUAGCCAUAAAUAGAAAAGGUGGCCCGGCAGUUGCUAAGCAGACUGUUAAACUUGCUGAAGAGUUCCUUCUUUCCACUGAUGGGGUUGUAGUAGGACUUGACCUCAGUGGUGAUCCCACCGCAGGACAUGGUCAAGAUUUUUUGGAACCACUCUCAGAAGCAAAAAAAGCAGGUCUAAAGCUGGCGUUGCAUCUUUCAGAGAUCCCAAAUCAAGAAGAAGAGACCAAAAUUCUCCUGGGCCUGCCUCCUGACAGAAUUGGUCAUGGAACAUUUCUCAACUCUGCAACAACAGGCUCAGAAGAGUUAGUGCCACUUGUCCGACAGUAUCAUAUACCUAUUGAACUUUGCAUGACAUCGAACAUCAAAACUCAAACAGUGUCUUCCUGUGACAAACACCAUUUUGGAUACUGGUACAACAUGGGCCACCCUGCAGUGCUUUGUACUGAUGAUAAAGGUGUCUUUGCAACAGAUCUGUCACAAGAAUAUGAGCUGGUUGCAAAAACAUUUAAUCUGACUCGAUCACAGAUGUGGGAUCUUUCCAACGAAUCAAUCAACUAUAUCUUUGCUUCAAGUGUAGUGAAAUCAAAGCUAAGGGAACAAUGGUGUAAGCUGAAGCCAACUCUGUUUGAUUAACCAAACUGUUGUUCUCAACAGCCUGGCUGUGUUAGCUUAGGUAAAAAGCAUUUUUUACUGAAGUCCCUGGCUUUUUUCAGACUUCAGGUUUAUAAAUCCAGCUCAUUAACUGUGCCUGUGCAAAAUGAAGACAGUGGGAAUGCAUUCUUUGUUAGUGGGGACAGAAGUUAAUGUUCUUUCGUAGUUGGGAAGGGCUCUCAACCGGUGACUAAAAUUCCAAAUGUGUCCUCGCAUCAUUUCUCUCCAGCUGAUACGCCAUCAUACUACAAACAUGAGAGUCAGAAUAAAAUAAAGGCACUGCUGUUAGGGUUUAAAAGGCCUCGGCUGGCAACAUUACACCAAGCAGUUUGUAUGUGUGGUGUGAAUAUUUGGGGUUUUUAUUGUUUUUAAACAGAAGUUUUGAGCAAUUGAUUGAAUGUGAAGACAAACUUGAAGAGAAUGAAAUAUUUGUCUCAGAGGAAUUCUAUAUUGCAUCCGUUUUUAUUGGCGUACAUGUAUGACUGAAGCCUGCUGUGGAUUGUGUAGCACAUGUGGUAGUGCCUGCUGAUGUUCUUUCAUUGUUUGAUCAAGUUGCAUUAUCACUUGCUGUUUGAUCAAGUUUGUCUGUAUUUUCUUUCUACAAAAUAAUUACUACGGUACAUGUGUUCUUCCUUUCUUAUUGAAAAGCUCUCUAAAGUCACAUUGAGCAGCUUUCUGGAAUGUUAUAGUUACAUGUAUUUCAGGAUAAGUGGGCCUAUGCUCAAGCGAGAUGGCAUUCUCUUCUAAGUUUUAUUAGAAGGCAUAACCUAUUAUAUUGUAACUCUUCAGUAACAUAGUAUUUGGUUUGUUAGGGAACUGUCAACUUCCCACUUAUUUACUAAAGGGUCAUCCUCAGUGUUCAUUUUGUCUGUCUAAAACUUUCUAAAGCAAAAUAAGACUCGUAAUUAGUGUCUAACGAGAUUUCUUUAGUUUGAAACUGUUAGAGCUAUACAGGGGUAAGUUUGGUUUUUUUGGAUUGGUGGUUUGUUUGGUUUGUUGUUGUUUGGUGAUUUUUUUUUUUUUUUUUUUUAAGGUUUACAUGUUGAAUGUGACAUGUACCUGUGUUCCUUCAGAGAGUGUAGCCCUGGUAAAUGCUGCUAUUUUCAGCUUCCUUUUUUCCCUGUGAGCAUACUGUGUCUUAAGAGAUUUUUAACAUUAUGGCCUGUUACAUACAGACUUCUGUGCGUCUUCAAAAUAGUGCCUUGUAUCAGCUGUAGUACUGCCCCCAAACAGUUUGGUACAUAAUGACCCAUGGAUGCUGCAUAGUUUU